GUCGGGAAUUCUGUCGAAGGGAGGGGAGGGGGAUAUCUACUGAACUAGCGCCCAUCAGGCUAACGGUAGGUAGCACUGGAGUAAACAUGGAGCUGUCUGCCGUUGGGGAGAGGGUGUUCGCGGCCGAGUCUAUUAUCAAACGGAGGAUAAGGAAGGGUAGCAUUGAGUACCUGGUGAAAUGGAAGGGAUGGUCGCCCAAAUACAGCACUUGGGAGCCAGAGGAGAACAUUUUGGACUCUCGCUUGUUUGCCGCUUUCGAGCAAAGAGAGCGUGAGAGAGAGCUGUAUGGACCCAAAAAGAGGGGACCAAAACCGAAAACCUUUCUCCUCAAGGCCCAGGCUAAAGUUAAAACUAAGUCUUAUGAGUUCAGGAGCGAGGCAGUCAGAGGGAUGCACAUCACCUAUCUAACCCCCGAGCCGGUCUUCACCCCCAGGGCUAGAGAGGGCCUGAGAGCGGUUGUUCCCACCAUCUUUCCACCGAGCACAAUCAACCGAGGAGAAAGCGUGCACGUGAUUCCCCACGAGCACCAGCCGUCGCCUCAGCAGAGUGUUUCAGACAGGCUUGUCCAGACACCCAAAAAGAGGGGGCCCAAGCCAAAGCUCCGCUUUAUAGGUGACGGCCGCAGCCCGGUGGUCUUGGAGACAAGCAAGAGGAUAGCUGAGGAGGUGGGGGGGCAAGGUCCUUACAAACUCUCCAAAUUGCAUGGAGGUGAGAUGAGGCUGCAGAAGUUGUCCCACAGACACUCAGAGGACCACCCUCGCAGCUCUAAACACCACUAUCAGCACCACUAUCAUCAUCACCUCACACAGAAACUGUCCAGCGGCGGUUCCUACAAACGGUUCCUUUCUCAUCACAGCACACACCCACACAGGACGAAGGACCGCUGCAGCUAUCUGGCAGCAGCUCAGGUCAAACACCAUCACAAAACCAACCAGAGCAGAAGUGGAGCCGCCGAGUUCCCGCAGAUGGAAAAGCCUUACUUUCUGGACAGGCAGUCACCAACCAGGUUGGAUGACGACGACCAGGAAGAAACGACCUGGAGGCCGAACCUCAGCGACGUGGAGAAGGUGCUGGUGACGGACGUCACCGCCAACUUCCUGACUGUCACCAUCAAGGAGAGCAGCACCUCAAAGGGCUUCUUUAAGGACAAAAGAUGAUUCUGAACCACUUUGUUUUUUCUGACUCUGAAGUAUAUGAGAUAUAAGCAACACGGUUUUGUAUAUCGUGUAUAGAGGCUAAUUACUUUCUAAUAUUCAUAUGUGUAUAAAUAAAAUGUUGGACAUAUAUUGAAUGUAUUGACCAAAUAAAAUGAAGUCGGUUUGACCUAGGGUGUCAGUGAAUGUGAUGCUUCCUUUACAUGAGGAAGCAACCCACUGUACAGCACUCCUGGAUUUCACUAUUUUCCUGCUGAAUUCAGUAACAUGAGUUUUCUUUUCAGUAUAUUCUCCAAGUUUAGUUAAAACAAGAUGACUCUUUAAAAGCUACAUUUAGUCUGUAUUAACUUGGCUGCUUAAGAAGAGGUUUGUAUUUAAAAAGGAACUCAAGCACUUUUACUUCAGACAUAUUUAAAAAAUAUAUAUAUAUAUUUGUUUUCCUAAGGAGUUUUGUAUUUUUAGCAUAAAGAAAAAACUUUUGUCCAGGUUUCAUACUUCAAACUUUUCCCAUUACAACACCCCAUUUUAUAUUUUCCUAGAAAUGUUUGAUGUAACAGAAAGUUUUUAGAUGCUUUGCAAUAAAUCAGUUCUUUGAG